AUGGGCUGUUUCUGCGCUGUUCCGGAAGAAUUUUACUGCGAAGUUUUGCUUCUGGAUGAAUCCAAGUUAACCCUCACCACCCAGCAGCAGGGCAUCAAGAAGUCAACUAAAGGUUCCGUUGUCCUUGACCAUGUAUUCCGUCACAUAAACCUCGUGGAGAUAGAUUAUUUUGGGCUGCGUUACUGUGACAGAAGCCAUCAGACGUACUGGCUGGAUCCUGCAAAAACUCUUGCUGAACACAAAGAACUGAUAAACACUGGACCUCCAUAUACUUUGUAUUUUGGUAUUAAAUUUUAUGCAGAAGAUCCAUGUAAACUUAAAGAAGAAAUAACCAGAUACCAAUUUUUCUUGCAGGUGAAGCAAGAUGUCCUUCAGGGCCGGCUGCCCAGCCCCAUCAAUGUUGCAGCGCAGCUUGGAGCUUACGCCAUCCAGUCUGAACUUGGAGACUAUGACCCGUAUAAGCAUACUGCGGGAUACGUGUCAGAGUACCGUUUUGUUCCCGAUCAAAAGGAAGAACUUGAAGAAGCCAUAGAAAGGAUUCAUAAAACUCUUAUGGGUCAGGCUCCUUCUGAAGCAGAGCUGAAUUACUUGAGGACUGCCAAGUCCCUGGAGAUGUAUGGCGUUGACCUCCAUCCUGUCUAUGGGGAAAACAAGUCUGAGUAUUUCUUAGGAUUAACUCCGGUUGGUGUUGUUGUCUACAAGAAUAAAAAACAAGUGGGCAAGUAUUUCUGGCCUCGGAUUACAAAGGUUCACUUUAAGGAAACUCAGUUUGAACUCAGAGUCCUGGGAAAAGAUUGCAAUGAAACCUCAUUCUUUUUUGAAGCUCGAAGUAAAACCGCUUGCAAGAAUCUCUGGAAAUGCAGUGUAGAGCAUCAUACAUUUUUUAGAAUGCCAGAAAACGAAUCAAAUUCAUUGUCAAGAAAACUCAGCAAGUUUGGGUCCAUGAGUUAUAAGCACCGGUACAGUGGCAGGACAGCUUUGCAAAUGAGCCGAGACCUCUCAAUUCAACUUCCCCGGCCAGAUCAGAAUGUGGCAAGAAGUCGAAGCAAGACUUAUCCUAAGAGAAUAGCACCAACGCAGCCAGCCGGAUCAAAUAGUAUAAACCGGUUAACCACAAAUAUGGAAAAUGGAGAAAACGAAGGAACAACUAAAAUUAUUGCACCUUCACCAGUAAAAAGCUUUAAGAAAGCAAAGAAUGAAAACAGCCCUGAUACCCAAAGAAGCAAAUCCCAUGCACCGUGGGAAGAGAAUGGCCCCCAGAGUGGACUCUACAACUCUCCCAGUGACCGCAAUAAAUCACCAAAGUUCCCCUACACACGUCGCCGAAACCCCUCGUGUGGCAGUGACAAUGACUCUUUGCAGCCAAUGAGGAGAAGGAAAGCCCAUAACAGCGGUGAAGACUCAGAUCUAAAGCAAAGGAGGAGGUCACGCUCACGCUGUAACACGAGCAGUGGUAGUGAAUCAGAAAACUCUAACAGAGAACACCGGAAAAAGAGAAACAGAAUACGGCCGGAGAAUGAUAUGGUUGAUUCUGCACCUCAGUGGGAAGCCGUAUUAAGGAGACAAAAGGAAAAAAACCAGGCGGACCCCAACAACAGGCGAUCCAGACACAGAUCUCGCUCGAGAAGCCCCGAUAUCCAAGCAAAAGAAGAGUUAUGGAAGCAUAUUCAAAGGGAACUUGUGGAUCCAUCUGGAUUGUCAGAGGAACAGUUAAAAGAGAUUCCAUACACUAAGAUAGAGACACAAGGUGAUCCAAUCCGUAUCAGGCAUUCUCAUUCCCCACGAAGUUACCGCCAGUAUCGCCGGUCCCAGUGUUCAGAUGGAGAGCGAUCCGUUCUCUCAGAAGUGAAUUCAAAAACGGAUCUAGUACCUCCACUUCCGGUGACCCGUUCCUCGGAUGCUCAGGGUUCUGGUGGCUCUACAGUUCAUCAGAGAAGAAACGGGUCUAAAGAUAGCCUGAUUGAAGAAAAAUCUCAGACAUCUACAAGCAAUCUGGCUGGAAAACACACAGCAAAAACAAUAAAAACUGUCCAAGCUUCACGUCUCAAGAUAGAGACUUGAUACCAGUGAAGAAGGAUUUGGGAUGGGAAGGGUGUGUG